CAGCACCUCAUUCCUGAGCGGUAUCUAACUCAGAGCCUGUUGUAUGGAAGAAUGGCCUUGCUCAUAUCACCAUCAGAAAUGCUUCAAAGACCACCAGAAGAUUUUUUUCCAAAGAUGGAAAGUCCAGUUGAAGAUAUGGAUACUUCUGAUACCCAGUGGGGCUGGUUUUAUUUGGCUGAGUGUGGUAAAUGGCACAUGUUUCAGACUGAUUCAAACAAUCAUUGCUUUGUUGGCAGUGAAGAUAUUGAAAGGAGCUUCCGAACAAACCCACAUGGUUCUGUUUCUUUUACUACUGCGAAAUUUAGCUACAUGCUAGACUUUUCAGCGAUGAAACAAACCAACCUAACUACCCUUAAGCAACGUCCAAUAAAGCGAGCUCCCUUUUCUAUCAGUGCUUUCAGUUUCAUCUGUGAAAAUGAGGCUAUCCCUGUGCCUUCACACUGGGAGAAUGUAAAUAAUGAGGAGCCAUAUCAGCUUAUUCCAUUGCAAAAGAAAACAAAUGAAUAUAAUGAAGUUUCUAGUCUCUUUGGAAAAACAAUGGAUAGCCACCGAAUUAAAAGAAUUAAGAGAAUACAAAAUCUAGACUUGUGGGAGUUUUUUUGCAGGAAGAAAGCUCAACUCAAGAAGAAGAGAGGUGUCCCAACUAUUAAUGAACAGAUGUUAUUUCACGGCACGAGUAAUGAAUUUGUAGAAGCAAUAUGUAUUCAUAACUUUGACUGGAGAAUAAAUGGGAUGCAUGCUGCUGUAUAUGGAAAAGGGACCUAUUUUGCAAGAGAUGCAUCAUAUUCCAGUCGUUUCUGCAAAGAUGACAUGAAACACGGAGAUACUUUUCAAAUUCAUGGUGUGAAUCUGCAGCCUCAUCUGCAUAGACCAGAUAAAGUCAUGUUUCUUGCUCGUGUAUUAACUGGUGACUAUAUCAACGGUGAUUCCAAAUACAUGAGGCCUCCUUCAAAAGAUGGAAGUUUUGUGAACUUAUAUGACAGCUGCGUGGAUAAUACCUGGAACCCAAAGAUCUUUGUUAUCUUUGAUGCUAACCAAAUUUACCCUGAGUACUUAAUAGAAUUUUGUUAAGUUUGAAAGGAGUUGAACUGAAUAUUGUUUGUGUCUUUUUGAUACUUUUGUUCCUUUUGUAAAGAGAACAACAUAAAACCGAGAAGUGUGAAGUGAGAGGGGUGGAAGAAAAGCUAGCAUAUGUUUGUGGAGGAGGGAAGCUAUUAAACAUUUAAGAGAGAUUGUCAAACUGUUUUUUAAAAUCUGUAAACUUUACUAAUGGCAUUUUUCAAACGUAGAGACUAUUACAAAUUUGAAAUUCCUUAAUGAGCCUUAAAUACAUUGGUCAUUGGUAAGUUGUCAAAGUCAGGAUUUAUGUUCUGUGGUUUUGUUUUCUUUUUUUGUAUAUGACGUAUUUAUUCAUGUGGUAGAAAUAUGCCUGUAGCAUAGUAUGCAUAUGAUGAAACUAAUCUUUUAUAAAGAUUGUCCGUAGAACAUAAAAAUAACAAAAACAACAACAAAACCCCAGGCUACAUA